AACUUGGUCACACUGUUAGGCAGCGCUGAACAACACUGGUCGCGCGGCACACGUGCGCCUUUUGGUUAGUAAACAACAUGGGCUCAGGCAAAGAAUGUAUUGCCUGGCUGACGGACGAGGCAACCCCGUAUCCGGAACGUGUAGAGUUUGGCCUGAAUGUGUGGCAAUCUGUGGACUACACGAAUCCGAACAAAUACGAAGUGUUCAUAGAAUGGCUGGCCAAGUCCCUGCCCGGCAACGAGCUGCCGGUGGCCCAACUGAUGAGACUGUUCCAGCUGCGUGCGCAGCCGGGCAUGGUCAGCCAGGAUUGCAAGGCCUCAUUGAUCCAGGCGCUGUUGGACAACAUUGAUCCCGCGAAAUGUCUGGACAACACUGCCCUCAAGUUGCUGCAGAGCAUGUUCAACUUUGAUCUGCUCCAAGAUGUGCUGCGAGCGGACUUUCCACUAAUCUGCCGCUGCUACGGCACACUCUUCGACUGCCAGCAAAGAUGUCUGAAGCUACGAGCUGAAGGACAUGCCGGUGAGUUGCAAACGGACGCGGAAAUCGUUGUGGCCAUGAUCAAGCAGCUGGCUGAGAUCGCUCGCCGCUCCCAGAAGGUCCGCAUGCUUCGACACUGUUACGAUGGGCUGACGGUGCGUCCCCUGGUAGAGCUAAUCCUCAACCUGAAGUCAUCCUGCAUCGAGGAGAUGGCCGGCCUAGAGAAGCAGUUCGAAGGCCAAUUCUGUCUGCAACGCAUCUCCAAGCAGCCUCUGCACGUGGUGCUGCUGCUCCUCGAGUGCAGCGUGCUGAACAACCGCUACAACACAGCCACUCUCUCCCAACUCCUUCGCAUGGUGCUCGAAAAGAAAUCUGACGCCGGGCCACAGCACAGCCUGAUCCUCGUUGCCUACUUGCUGGAGACUCUGCGCAAGUACGACGUAUCCUUGAAAUUUCCCCUGGCAAAGGAGCAGCAGACGAUCAAUGAAGAAGACACAAACCCAAGACAAUCAUCUGAAGAGGAGAGUGAUGCAAUGGAUGUGACUACAGAGACUACGACAAAGCCAAAGGCAAAACCAAAACCGAAGAAAAAGAAAAAUGGAAAACAAGUCAGUGCCUUUGUGUAUGUAUCGGAGCAACUGCUGCGGCUGGUCAAGGCACACAAGCAGCAGCAUCUGCGGCCAGUGCUGAUGGUGCUGUGCUCUGCACUGCGCCUGAAUCCACUGUUGCUCGAGUCGAGCAGCUACCAGAUAACCAUCUGGAUGAUGACGGCACCCAAGAAGACCGUCGAGGAGGAGCAUCUGUAUUCCGCGUACCUCGUCCUGUUGCUGGACAUGUUUCGGCGUCUGAGUCGAUCCGAGCGCUUCAUUAUGAACCUGCUCAAGUCGCUCAAGGAUUGGCUGGCCAAAUACCAGCUGCCAGCGACAGGGGCGCCCGGCAAGAGGAAGCGCGAGACGGAGCCGGAGCCAUCGACAAGCGAAGACCUUGACGACGCGGAGAAGCAUUUCAUCAGCCUGAUCUUUGCAGACAGCGGGCCAGCGGUAAGCGUGUCGGAGCCCGAACGACAGAGCAGCGAUGAAUUCAAGCAUUUGGCACACUUCUGGCCCAGCCAUACGGCCGGUGCGGCCUUUUCGGGGCUGGUCGGUUUGCUCAAGGCGAAGCCGUCGAUUGUCAUUUGGAAGACGCUGCUGCACGCCUUGGUGGAGCUGCUGGAGGACACGCCACCCACGGAGAUUUUGCCAGCGAACCAGGAGUUUGCCCGAGAGCUGAUCGUCGCGAUGCUCUGUCAGUAUCUGCAGGGCACCCGCCUCACCGAGCAUCUGCAUCUGUAUCUGGAGGAGGUGGACGAACAGAUGAAUCGCACGGCAGAGUUGCUGGAGCGGUUUGGACGCCUGCUGCUCAGCCAGGAGCACAGUCGUCGCUCCAUGGACGCCUUUCUCGAGUGCCUGAAGUGGGCCAGCAGCUACGAGGUGCUCCUUUUCCACUACUGGACGGACGCCAAGCCCCGGACGCACACCCAGCGACGCCGCAACUUCCUACCACCCGAUCAGUGGCGGCUCAUCCAGCAGCGGGUCUUUAACUUCGGCAAGACCGCCUGUGGCCAGCGCCUGCAGCGCCUGGAGCAGCAACUGGUCGACAGCGGCUGGCUGGCGGAGGAGGCUCUGGCCGAUGUGGUCAGCAAGCAGCAGCUGCACAUGCUUACGCGUCAACAAAAGCAGCUGCGCAUCCAACAAAAGCUGAGCGACAUAGAUCGGGACACGCUCAUGGAGGAUGCGGAGUGCGUGGAGCUGCUUUGUCUCCAGCAACUGAGCGAUUAUGCAGCGGCUGUGCGGGCAGCCAAUGUGAAGGGUUCGCUGCUGGCCAAACUGAAGCUGGAAGAGCUGCCCGAGGAGGCCCACCUGGUGGCCACCAUUCGCAAGAAGGCAGCGCCCCGCAAGGAGUUGCAGCUGCCCCCAGCCGACGAGCUGAUUGAGUUCCUGCAAGGACACCAGCACAACGAGCUGCCCGGCAAGAUUAAGUCACGUCUCUGGCUGACAUUGUUGGCCCUCCAUCAUGAUCUGAGCCGCAGCGAACAGCAGGCGCAGGCCAUGGAUGUGCUGGAGCAGCUGAUAGAUCUGAUGCACUUUGGUCAGCCGCUGGCCAUCUGCAGCCACUUUCCACAGCUGUGCGAGCUGCUGUCCUUGGUGGCCACGAGCUCGGCGACUGGCUGGAAGUUCUACGAGACGCUCUUUGCUCGCUGCAUCCGCCUACAUGCAGCUGGCAGCGAGGCGUUCCUCAACAGCUGCUCGCAGUACAUUAAGGAGGAGCUAGGCGGCACCAAGAAGCUGCCCGCGGAUGCAUUACGUUUCCUGCUGCUGGCCAUUGACACAACAGCGGCCGCCACAGGACCCCAUGCCAAGCAUAUGCAGCGACUGGUGCAGCCGCUGCUCGAGCUCUUUGGCCAGAUUGUGGCGCACAAGUUUCGGCCAUCAAAGAAGAAGGAAACGUCGGACUACAAACAAUUUGUGGAUGAAACCAUCAAGAGCUACGGCACCUAUGUCAGCAGCUGCAUAAAUCGGGCAGACAAGCAGAAGAGGGCAACCCCGACAGCCGAGGUGGCACAGGAGGAGGAGGAACCAAUAAAUGAGGAUUUUAGACGUAUCUGCAAGAUCUACAUUGGACACUCGCUAAACUACAAGAAUCCCCAUGCGCUGAGACUGCUCAAUGUGGCCAUCUCGCAUCGUCAGAAGCUGCACUUUGAUCCAGACGAAGUAGAGUUCGUGCUGAGCAGCUAUUGGAAGCAGCUCUACGCGGAUAUAGCUGCCGGCGAUAUUGCGGCCUUGGAUGUCAACUGCCUGGAGCUGGCCUUUCCGCUCAUCAUUGGCUACAAGACCAAAGAGGAUCUGUUGGUGCUGCUGCUCACGCUCACCUCAGAGGUGCAGGGUUUACCCUCGCCCCUGAACCCGAGCCAGCGUAUUGAACUUCAGAAUGUCCUAACCAUACUAUCCUUCAUUGCCAAGUGCUCUGUGAGCACCAUCAAGGGAGCGAUGAUCAACAAACAUUUUGAGAUUGUCAGCACCAAUGUGGCUGGACGCCUGAAGGACAAUUGCCACAACAGUAAGAGCCUCGCCCUCAUCCUGCUGGAGGCUCAGCGCCACUUGGCCAACAACCGGACAGUGCCGCUGACAAACGAGUCCAUGGAAUACCUAUUCGGCACCAUGAGCGUGGUGGCCAUUGAUCAAUUCAUCGAGCGCGGCGGCAGCUGGAACGACUUUAGCCAACUUUACGCGGCGCUCACUGACACCUGUGUGGUGCUGCUGCGCCAGCAUUCGAAUCUGGUGUCCGAUCGGGCUGGCCAGCUGUCCGCCGUCUGUGAGACUCUGAUCAAGGCCAUUGUCGGCUAUCGAUCCGGCCGACAGCGGGCCCAGGAUCUCACCGAGUCGGAGCUAGACGGACUCGCCGAGCUGGGCCUCAAGCUGGCGACGGUGAUGGCCAGCAUUGGUGCCACACAGUCGCUGCCCUUGAAGCGAGUCGCCCCGUUCCUUCUGACAUUCACCAUCAAUCAAAUGGUGGAAACGGAGCGCCCAACCACCAUUUUCGAGAAGGUCAAAGUGAAUAUGGAGCGCGUGUGCCACGAGCUGAUUGGCAUAACCGACCACCGGUCCGGACAGUUCAUUCUGCGGCACAACACGACAGCGGGGGCGAACAUGUACACCAGGCUGCUCAAGGAUCACGACAAGUAUCACAAGUUCCGUGGCAAGGUGUAAGGAAGGAAAUCCUCGUAUUUUUGUUUUUUUGUUGCUCUACAAAAUACAUUUAUCUCGACAUUAGCACAUGUACAUACAUAAACUAAUAAAGAAGCCAAUUAACAGGCAUAGACACACA